AAGCGGGUGUCGUGAUUAAAGCCAACUGAAUCGAGGCUGCUGUGAGUUGAGUUUCGGAGUUCUACGGCCAGUCAAACUGAUAGGUCGGAUUGUACGGUUCUCAUUGUUCGUUUCAGUUGUUCCCCGUCGAUCGCGACCUGCGGAAGUGUUUUUUGUUAAUCAAUAUCGUUUACCACACCGCAGAAUACCGUUCAUUCUGAUCCGUAAUUUUAAAAUAUUCCUAAAGUUGUAGUAAAAAUAAUCAGUAUCGCGAGCCAUGGAGAUCAGAGUAGGCGUAGGCGAUCUGCUGAAGAUGGGAACGAAACUUAUUGGACAUAAGAUCGUCCAGUACCGCCUGGCCACCAAGCAGACGAAGGUGGUCUGCACCAGAGAUGGACAGUUGCGAGGACUCCGGCGUCGAACGCUCUACGACGACGAACUGUACUUUGCCUUCGAGGGAAUCCCCUUUGCACAGCCGCCGAUAGGGGAAUUGAGGUUUCGUGCCCCUCAACCCCCUCGACCUUGGGUUGGUAUCAGAGAUUGCACUUAUCCAAGGGCCAAGCCCAUGCAGAAGCACUUCGUCCUCAGCAUUGUCGAGGGCAGUGAAGAUUGCCUGUACUUAAACGUAUAUUCCAAGCGUUUGAAAUCGGACAAGCCACUGCCGGUGAUCGUGUGGAUAUAUGGCGGUGGAUUCCAAAUCGGCGAGGCAGGUCGAGAUCUCUACAGUCCAGACUACUUUAUGCAGCAAGACGUGGUGGUGGUCACAUUUAAUUACAGAGUGGGAGCACUGGGCUUCCUUAGCCUCGCGGAUCGUGAUUUGGAUGUUCCUGGAAAUGCUGGCCUUAAAGAUCAAGUUAUGGCCCUCCGGUGGGUCAGUCAGAACAUAGCCCAGUUCAACGGAGAUCCCCAAAACAUAACCCUGGUUGGCGAGAGUGCAGGAGCAGCAUCGGUUCACAUGAUGAUGACCACGGAACAAACACGGGGACUCUUCCACAAGGCCAUUAUGCAAUCGGGAUCCAUGUACUGCGAAUGGGCCAAUGAGCCAAGUGGCAAUUGGGCGUACCGCCUGGCCUGUCAAUUGGGAUACUCUGGAAGUGAGAACGAAAAGGAGGUACUUCGAUUCCUUCAAAAAGCCCCCGCCUCCGAAAUGGCCACCCAAGGUGUAACUCUCGUCUCCCUGGAAGAACAACGGAAUUACGUCUUGUUCCCCUUUACCCCCGUGGUGGAACCUUAUAUAACGAGGGAUUGUGUUUUACCCCGUUCCCAUAGAGAGAUGCUGCCUGCAGCUUGGGGUAAUGAUCUUCCGUUGAUCCUGGGUGGCAAUUCCUUCGAAGGUAUAUUUUCCUACCAGUCUACCCUGCACGAUGAGGAGCAUAUGCUGAGUGCCUUUGAGGCCUUGAUUCCCCGCGAGAUCAGGGAAAAGAGUUCCCAGUCUCAGCUCAAAGAUCUCCUGCGUCAGUUUAAGAUGGACACUUUCGAGGAUGCGACUCGAGGGCGAAUGGAGUUUAAUGAGUGCCUGCAAAUUUUGUCCGUAAAACACUUUUGGCAUGGCAUCCAUCGAACUGUACUGGCUCGUCUCAGCCACGCCCCCACUACGCCCACCUUUCUAUACCGCUUCGAUGUAGACUCGCCCCAUUUCAAUCAUUUCCGGCAAGUGAUGUGCGGGAAACACAUUCGCGGAGUCAGUCAUGCCGACGAUGUGUCCUACCUAUUCUACCACAUUUUGGCCAGUAAAGUGGAGAAGUCGUCGAUGGAGUACCAAACUAUACAGAGAUUGGUGGGCAUGUGGGUGGCAUUCGCGCGAAACGAUAACCCCAAUUGUCCACAAAUCAAUCCGACCACAUGGGAAGCCUUGGAUGAAGGCGGCCCACAGAUGUGUCUCAAUAUUGGAAAGCAACUGCAGUUUGUUGUUCUGCCGGAAUCAAAACAAAAUCGGAUUUGGGAUAAACUCUAUGAUAAACACGACUUGAUUUAAGGGGAAGUUUGUAUAUUUUGUAAAUAAAACGUAAAUGGCUUGUGAGAUUGAGAAAAGUA